GCUCCUCGGGCCCGGAAGGGGCGGCGGGGCCCGGCGGGGUCCUCGCGCCCGCCGCACGUGCGGUCCCGCAGCCCGAGCUGGGCCGGCCAUGGCUGCCACCCACGGCUCUCCCGGCCGAGGCUCCGAAGCCCGGGCCGCUGCCGCCAGGACCCUCUCCGGAGCCCCGGGGCGGCGAGUGAAAGCUGCCAAGAGGAGACAGCCAGCAUCCGGGGCGGCUCCCCCAGCCAAACGGAGGAACACAACUGUUGGAGAAGCCGAACGGACUUGCAAGGGGCGUGCCCAAAAGGUGCUUUCUCCCAGGAAGUACUCGGUCCCUCCAGGUGAUGGAAAGCAAGAGGAGAAGCCGUGCAUUAAGACGUCAUCACUGUUUAAAAACAACCCUGAGCUCCCAGAACUCCCCAGACCUGUGGUGAAGCAGGUGCACGAGACAGUGUUCACUCCUGACACUUUCCACGAGCUGGGCCUCCAUCCGCACCUGAUUUCCACAAUAAAUACAGUUUUAAAAAUGUCUAGUCUGACCAGUGUUCAGAAGCGCAGCAUCCCUGCUCUGCUGGAAGGCAGAGAUGCUCUCGUGAGAUCCCAGACAGGCUCCGGUAAAACUCUUGCCUAUUGUAUCCCAGUGGUUCAGUCUCUUCAAGCAAUGCCAUCCAAAGUACAGCGCAGUGACGGUCCCUACGCCCUGGUAAUAGUGCCGACGAGAGAGCUGGCCCUGCAAAGCUUUGACACUGUCCAGAAGCUGCUCAAGCCCUUUACCUGGAUUGUGCCUGGAGUGUUAAUGGGAGGAGAAAAAAGAAAAGCCGAAAAAGCCAGAAUCCGCAAAGGAAUAAAUAUCCUUAUCUCGACCCCUGGUCGUCUGGUGGAUCAUAUAAAAUCCACCAAGAACAUCCAUUUCAGCCGGCUGCGGUGGCUGGUUCUGGAUGAAGCAGACAGGAUAUUGGAUUUGGGUUUUGAAAAGGACAUCACAGUGAUACUGAAUGCCGUGAACGCCGAGUGCCAGAAGCGACAGAACAUCUUGCUGUCAGCCACACUCACGGAAGGCGUGACAAGGCUUGCCGAUAUCAGCUUGCAAGAUCCGGUCAGUAUUUCUGUCUUGGACGAAAGCCGUGAGAGGAGUCAGCCGGAAGACAGAGCAAUCCAAGAAGUGGCUCCCCUGCAGUCGGGUCCCGAGCUGGAUGGCUUUGCGAUCCCGGAGAGCCUGGAUCAACAUGUGACACUGGUCCCCAGCAAACUGAGACUCGUCUGCCUGGCGGCCUUCCUCCUACAGAAGUGCAAGUUCGAGCAAGACCACAAGAUAAUCGUCUUUUUCUCGAGUUGCGAGCUGGUGGAGUUCCACUACCACCUCUUCCUGCAGACGCUGGCCAGCAGCUUGGGGGCUCUGGCCUCAGAGCUGUCCCCAUCUGCCCACGCUCGACUCAAGUUCUUGAGGCUGCACGGCAACAUGGAGCAGGAGGAACGAACAGCAGUGUUCCAGGAGUUCUCGCGGUCUGGAACGGGCGUCCUCCUGUGCACGGAUGUUGCAGCUCGCGGCUUGGAUCUCCCGCAGGUCACGUGGAUUGUUCAGUACAACGCGCCGUCUUCACCUGCAGAAUACAUCCACCGCAUCGGGAGAACCGCCCGGAUUGGCUGCCACGGGAGCAGCCUGCUCAUUUUGGCUCCUUCGGAGGCAGAAUAUGUCAACUCCUUGGCUUCUCACAAAAUCAAGUUGGACCCACAGCCCCAUUCCCCGUAUCAGCAGCUGUCUGCAUGCCCUCUUGUACCUGUUUACCCACAUGUGAUCUUCUCCAGAAAGAAUGAGUGUCGGUGGGCACCGCUCCCUGCUUCAUGUUAAUAAGUACCCUGAUUGAUUGCUACCCAAGGCUCAGAUAUAAACCGGAGACUGACAGGGAGUCAGUGAUUAGCACAGAUAAAGAUCAGUGAGCCAGAGACCCAGCAGGAACAGUGGCCUGUGAUGAAGUUGCCAGAUAGAGUAGCGUGCAAACGUUCCUGUCGGUUGUGACACAGUGUCCACAUCGGAAAGGAGAUGACUGCAGAGGACAGUGAGAAGGGGCAGUGCCCAGGGGGGACACUUGCGCCUUGCAUGGGUUGAGUGUCAGGGCUGUGUAGGAAUCCACAUCAUGUGAGCAGGUGGGCAUCCCCUGUGAGUUCCGCCUUGCUUGGGGGCAGCCCUGGACCACUGCCUGCCUCGUGCCUGCACAGAUGAGCCAGAUAGGAAAUCAGGGUGCUUAUGUGUUAGCUGUGCUGUGUCCCUGACAGUUCCAGUUUGAGGAAAGACUUAAAUUGGAUACCUGUACAAACUUUCUUUGACUUACUACGAAAUAAAUAAAUAAAAUAUCAGGGCCAGUAUUCUGCCAUAUCAGAGUUGAGUCACUGCUUGUGACGCCCUUGGUGUCCCAUGUGGGAGCAGCCAGUCGUGUUCUGCCUGCUCUGCUUUCAAUCCAGCCUCCUGCUAAGAAAGUAAAGAUGAUGGCCCUAAGUGAGAGACUCUGCAGUGGACUUCCAGGCUUCUGGCUUUGGCUUGGCCUGGUCCUGGCUGUUGUGGCCAUACGGAGAGAGAACCAAUGGAGGGAAAAUUCCUUUAUCUCUGCGUCUCCCUCUUUCUCUGACAUUAUGGCUUUCAAUAAGUUUGUUUUUUCAUCUAAUAAGAUCUAGUUGCAAAAAUAUACA